CUGCCCUGCCACGCCCCCCCCGGUCCCGCCCCGCUGUGGCGGCGGCGGUGCCGGAACGGCCCAACCCCCGCGGGCAGGACGGGACAGGCCGGGCCAUGGCGAGCGGGACCGCGGGCUCUUGGAGCGAGUGGCCCGUGGAUCAUUUCUUCCGCUCCGGGUGCAUCACGGCGCGGGACGGGGCCGCCGUGCGCUGGUUCCACGCCGCCAACAGCAGGGCCCGGGCGGCCGCGGCUGCGCGAAGCAAUGUGCACAUGGUAGAAGCUGAUGUUCUCCUCCGUGGUGGGGAGGGAGGGAAGGGAGACCCGAUCCUGGCUCACCCCCCUGACACAGACAGUGACAUCACACUGCAGGAGUGGCUGACACAGAUGGUCAACACCAAUAAAGGCAUCAAGCUGGAUUUUAAGAGUGCCUUCCCUGGUUCCCGUGGUGGUCCUCCACAGCCUGGACGCCGUGGGACCAUCCCUGGAGCUGCUGGGGCAGGUGGAGCAGCAGCUGAGGAGACCUGUGUGGAUCAACGGGGACAUCCUGGCGGGGCCCGGUGGGAGCCGCCCGGCGCUGAAUGCUCAGAGCAUCCUCGGCACCAUCACCUCGACCUUCCCCGACAUCACCCUGUCCCUGGGCUGGACCACAGGCUGGCACGGCCACCACCACGGGCAAGAGGGUCCCUGUCAAUGUCAGACGAGUCCAUACUGGAGUCAGUGGCAGCGAAUUUAAAAACAUCACAUUCUGUGGCUGUACGUGAAAUAACAGUGCAGCUACUGCAGAGGGUACGACUGGGGGAUGGUGGAGGAGAUGUCCCAACUGUGCCAGGCCCUGUCCCAGCCCGUGACAUUCCCUGUCAGGGCCGUGCUAGUGCCGCGCUCCCUCCCUGCUCUCCGCUGGCUGAUCCAGCAGUCAGACAGGUACAGCCUCACUGUUUGGACAGGAAAGGACGACAUAUAUUCUGUAGAGGAUUUGCUUUCCAUCCGAGAAAAUUUUGAUAAAAGUAGGGUUUAUUAUGACAUUUUCGAACCGCAAAAUUCUGAAUUCAAAAAAGCCAUUGGAAUAGAACAGUAAAUGCAAAGCAGGCAAUGCCUGACGUUACAGUGCUCUA